AUGAAGGGGUUGGGUACCAACCGUAACAGACACCUGUCGGACUCCUGUGAACCUCCCUCAGGCCAUCCAGAGGCCCUCUACUCUCAGAAGACCAGCACUCUCCCCCGCAGCCCCUACCUGCUGAGCCCGGCAAUGGACCACUACGGCACGAUGGACCCCCACCUCUAUCCUUCAGCCAACCCGGGCUCCCUUCCGCCAGACUGCAUGCUGCCCCUCAACAACCAGCUGUCCAACAGCAGCACCUUCCCCAGGAUUCACUACAAUUACGACCAGUCCGACUUCUCCCCACCUGGAGACACAACUAUAUCGCAUCAUAUGACAAAGAACCAGGCGCCACCCAGUCUGCUGGAGUUCGACAAGCAGCUUCCGGGCCGCGACGGGUUCAGCACGUUGCAGUUUCAUCGAACGUCUGCGGUUGCGUCUGCGGCUGCGAAGCAGCAGACGGACAGUCCCGGUCGCAUCCGCUACAUGCUGCAUUCAGUGCAGAAACUCUUCGCAAAGUCCCAGUCGCUGGAAAGCCAAAACAUGAAAGGGAACUUCAACGGACGCUCCACCGGCAGCGGCGGCGGCUCGUCCGGCACCGAAGACGGAGGGAAGCAGAGUCGGAGAUCCAAGAGUAAAGAUCGGGGAACCAAAUCAGAGGCGACCGCCAAACGGCGACCGCGCUCCAACAUGUCGGGCUAUUGGAGCUCAGACGAUUUGGACAGCAGCGAUUUGAGCAGCUACCACAACACCAUGGCCAUGAUGACUCUGGGGCGUCCGACCGGCCACGACAGUCAGGGGGGGCAGACCAGAUACAUCCAAAGUGGCUACAACACCAUCAGCUCCUCCAAGAGCAGCAAUGACAUGAAGUAUCAGGCACUCGCUGGGCCCGGGGGCGCCGGAGGUCGUGGACUAGGUGGAGCCGGAAGAAUGGUGAUCAAUGAUGAUGACUAUAUGAAAGGAGGGUCCUGGUCCGCACUGACCAUGGGCCAGCCGAGACCGGUGAUCCAGAAGGGCUCCGCUACUCUGGACAGGUCCAUGCUCAAGUCCAAGUCCUGCCAGCCAGAACUACCUUGCAACUACCUGCAGGUUGGACGAAGGGGGGAUUGGAGCAGCACGCUGGGCCGCAGCGCAGCUGCAAAUGAGAUCCCAUGUCGGCGGAUGCGCAGCGGCAGCUAUGUGAAGGCCAUGGGAGACGUGGAGGAAAGCGAUGACUCGGAGGGGAGCCCCAAACCCUCGCCAAAAUCCGCCGCUCGUCGCCAGAGCUACCUCAGGGCUACACAGCAGUCUCUGAGCGACCAGCUACCCCCACGCAACCGAACCCUGGAUUACAGCUUGCUGCAGGGGGAGCCGGACCCCCUGUGGUCUCCCCUCCACAGUGUGCCCUCUCUGCACCAGCUGGGCAGGUCGAUGAGCAGCUGUCUUCCAUCGCUCAGAGAGCUCUCCAAUAACCGCAGCCUGGACAACCUGGACUGCAUCGGGGGCACCGUCUCCUCCUCGCCACACUGGGAUGACGAUGACUUCAGCCAGGCCUGCAGCACCUUGGGCAGGAGGAGCUGCUUGGGACAGCUGCGGGACCUGGACAUGAGCCACUACGAGGACCGCAGCUCCGAGUCCACCUUCAGAGAUUCCCGUUCCCACUCUCAGGACAUCCCCGAGCCUCUGGACCUGCCCAUGCCGACGUGCUUCCGAUCCCGCAGCCACAGCUACCUGAGAGCCAUCCAGGCCGGCUGUUCCCAAGACGACGACACGGCGUCCAUGGACUCGGGCUGCUCGCCGCCUCAUGUCGACGCCGCCGUUCGCUCCUACAGCACCAGCACCGUCUCCACGUGCAUAACCACCUGUAAGAAGGCUGCCCCUCCGCCGGUGCCGCCGCGUACGACCUCCAAGCCCUACAUCUCCGUGACGGUGCAGAGCAGCACAGAGUCGGCCCAGGACAACUACCUGGACCAGCAGGACCGGAGGUCGGAGGUCAACAGCCAGUCGAGCCACGCUCACAGCAACUCCUCCGACAGCCUCGACAGCACCCGCGCCAACAGCCUGGCCCGGGGUAUCGCCCGCCCGCCGCACAUCAUCCCCACUCCCAUCGCCAUCCCCAGAGAGCCGUUCGCCCCCAACACCUCGAACGCUUCCACCGGGACGAGCGACCCCGUAGUGCAGCAUCAAGCGCUGAGAUCCGGGUGGAACAAAGGGAGUCUCGUGGCAGAGGAGCCCCUGGUGGCACCGGUACCCAGGCGGAAACUGUCCUCCAUCGGCAUACAGGUCGACUGUAUCCAGAAGGUCCCGCGAGAGGAGACCCCGCCAUUGGCCAGGUUUCAGUCCAUCGGAGUACAGGUGGAGGACGGGUGGCAGCUCAGUCGCUCCAGCAGCAUGGCCUCCAGACAAGAAACCGACUCAGACACACAGGACAUCUCCCAUAUCGAUAACGCCAAACAAUUUGAGAAGAAAGUCAUGGUCAACAGUGCCAGCCAAGCCAUGAGCGCCGCCGCCCCCGCACACGAUUAUUUAGACAACGGAGACGCGACGGGGGCCAUCGCUUCACCUCCACCGCCCAGGCAGUUCCUCAACCGCACCACCACCCGGAGCAGCUCUUCCUCCUUCUCAGAGAGUCUGGACCCGGCGCUGGACCCCUCGUCCCUCCCACCUCCGGACCCUUGGCUGGAGACCGGGAACGGGAGCGGCGGCGUCCCGCAGAGCGGCGGCGGGGGGACGCUGUGCCGGAGAGACGGCCACUGGUUCCUGAAGCUGCUGCAGGCCGAGACGGGACGCAUGGAGGGCUGGUGCCAGCAGAUGGAGCAGGAGACCAAAGACAACCCGCUCUCGGAGGAGGUGCUGGGGAAGGUCCGCAGCGCAGUAGGAAGCGCCCAGCUCCUCAUGGCCCAGAAGUUCCAGCAGUUUCGGGGACUGUGUGACCAAAACGUGAAUGUGAAUGCCAACCCGCGGCCCACGGCCCAGGACUUGGCAGGGUUCUGGGACCUGCUGCAGCUCUCCAUCGAGGACAUCAGCCUCAAGUUCGACGAGCUCUACCAUCUCAAGUCCAAUGACUGGCAGCCCGUUCCGUCUGCGGCUGCCCAGUCGCCCCCUGGGCGGAAGGACGAGGAGAAGGAGGCCGCUCCCGCGUCAAAGAAGCCCGGUAAGGGCCGACCGUCGCUGGGCCGCGAGAAGAGCGCAGACUCCUCCUCCUCCGCCUCCUCUUCUUCGGCCUCAGCAGAGAAGCAGAGGCACGAGGCUCGCAAGCGUCUGCUGGCGGCUAAAAAGGCGGCCUCGUUUCGCCAGAACUCGGCCACGGAGAGCGCGGACAGCGUCGAAAUCUACGUCCCCGAGGCCCAGACCCGCCUCUGAGACAGUAGGGAGCGAGGAGCUAGGAGCUAGGAGCUAGGAGCUAGGGCUCGGAUCAAAGGACAGAUGAGUGUCGCUGAAGUACCUGCAGAGAGGAGUGGAACACUUGUUUGCAAUGCAGAUGAGCUCCUCUGAGUAGAGAUGGAUGGAGGCUGGGGGAGGAGAGGUCAGCUGUAGGGUUGGGGUGGGCAUUUUUCACACACACACACACACACAUAGUUAUGGGCUGGUCCUGGUGGAAUCAAAUAAUCAUCUAAGAAAGAAAGUUAAACUAUCUUUAAAGGCUUUAGACUUUGAAGCAGGAGAGGCUGCCAUUGAAAACCUCAGCUGAUGAACUUUUUGUCAUUUCUUGUUCCUACUCUUUGUUAAUUAAAAUUGUUAAUGAAGAUAUUGUUACUACGACAAUUAUAUCCUAAAGGAUCUAUAUGAAGACUGUUUUUAAACGUUGCUCUAUCUUGGCUAUAAGAUCUAUUAAGUGGACAGAAGGCACCCGUUACUGCUCUUCUGUCUCCCAUCAUCCUCUUCCUCAUUGGCCAUCUCGUAGCUUUGCACAACACCCAGUGGCCAUCUCACACACACACACACACACACACACACACAGUGACAAACUCACACCUACGUAUGUCUUCCUUGUAUUUAUUGGUUUAAUCUUCUCAUCCUUUGUUUUGUAUGAAUCCAUUUAGAUCUGGUUACUAUGAAUAUUUUUAGUGUGAUGGAAUCGAAGGGGUGUUUAUAUGGUUCCUAACAAAUUGUGUUCUUCAAAUGUUCUCGUGUCAAAAUAUUUGCACAGAAUCUGUAAAGUUUUAGUUUCUUAAUGAUUUUUAAUCGGCGAUAACGGCGAGCGGGCGCGAGGUCAGAAUGUCAGCGGCCACCGUGUUAUUGAAAAUGAUUUUCUUUCUUUGGUUUUCAUGUCACUGCAGAUUCAGGAAUAUUUCACACGUCGUUCCAUCUGUUUAAUGCUUCUUUAAGUGCUUUUAUUAACUUCACUCAACUCCAACAAUCUCCAAAUGAACGGAGGGCUUUUUAUUGAAACAAUGCAGCGGGCUGAUUAUGCAGGAUGUGUUUAUUGUUUGUGGGCGUGUGCGUCUUGCUGUUAUUUUUAUACAAAGCAUUUGAUUUAUUAUUGAUUUUGCCUCCAUUCACUCAACAAAUUCAAACCUUCUUCAAUUUGUUGCCAUUAUUGUUUCCCCCACGUUGACCGUCGUCCAAAGUACCCGCACUUU